AUGGUGUCCAAGCUCACGUCGCUCCAGCAAGAACUCCUGAGCGCCCUGCUGAGCUCCGGGGUCACCAAGGAGGUGCUGGUCCAGGCCUUAGAAGAGUUGCUGCCAUCCCCGAGUUUCGGGGUGAAGCUGGAGACGCUACCCCUGUCCCCCGGGAGCGGGGCCGACUCCGACACCAAGCCAGUCUUCCAUACUCUCACGAACGGCCACGCCAAGGGCCGCCUGUCUGGGGACGAGGGUUCUGAGGACGGGGACGACUAUGACACCCCUCCCAUCCUCAAGGAGCUGCAGGCGCUCAACACCGAGGAGGCGGCGGAGCAACGGGCGGAGGUGGACCGGAUGCUCAGUGAGGACCCCUGGAGGGCUGCCAAAAUGAUAAAGGGCUACAUGCAGCAACACAACAUCCCCCAGAGGGAAGUGGUCGAUGUCACAGGUCUGAACCAGUCACACCUCUCUCAGCAUCUCAACAAGGGCACUCCCAUGAAGACCCAGAAGCGAGCAGCCCUCUACACCUGGUACGUCCGAAAGCAACGGGAGAUCCUCCGACAGUUCAGUCAACAGAACCAGGGGCCUGGGCAGUCCGAUGACGCCUGCUCUGAGCCCCCCAACAAGAAGAUGCGUCGCAACCGGUUCAAAUGGGGGCCCGCAUCCCAGCAAAUCUUGUACCAGGCCUACGACCGGCAAAAGAACCCCAGCAAGGAAGAGAGGGAGGCGUUAGUGGAGGAGUGCAACAGGGCAGAAUGUUUGCAGCGAGGUGUCUCCCCCUCCAAAGCCCAUGGCCUGGGCUCCAACCUGGUCACUGAAGUCCGCGUCUACAACUGGUUUGCAAACCGCAGGAAGGAGGAGGCAUUCCGCCAGAAGCUGGCCAUGGAUGCCUACAGUUCCAACCAGACACACAAUCUGAAUCCCCUGCUUUCCCACGGCUCUCCCCACCAUCAGCCCAGCGCCUCUCCUCCAAAUAAGCUGUCAGGAGUGCGUUACAGCCAGCCGGGAAACAGUGAGGUCACUUCCUCUUCAACAAUCAGUCACCAUGGCAACAAUGCCAUGGUGACCAGCCAGUCUGUUUUACAGCAAGUCUCUCCAGCCAGUCUGGACCCUGGCCACAAUCUCCUCUCACCUGAUGGUAAAAUGAUCUCAGUCUCAGGAGGUGGUCUGCCCCCCGUCAGCACCUUGACGAAUAUCCACAGCCUGUCCCACCAUAAUCCCCAGCAAUCUCAAAACCUCAUCAUGACCCCCCUGUCUGGAGUCAUGACCAUUACACAAAUGUCCUCUCCAAGCCUGGUGAUGAUCACACAUCACUUGCGUUGUGCACAGCAACUAGGACUCUAUUUUCCACACCAUCACCCUCCGGGCAGCUGUCACAGAAAAGCCCAGUGACCGGACAAGCACCUUUGAGAGGUCCCUGCUUACCUGACAUCCUGCUGACGCUUCAGACAAGCUGUUCCGAGGCGCAGCCCUUCCCUUCUAUGCAGUAUUGUCGCCAUGCCUCUCUCAAUACGUCAAGUGCUCCCAUCCUGCCCACAGGUGGGAGACAAGAAACCGUGGAAGAGGAAGAAAGAACGAUGUGCCUGCAUUAUGCUCCUUCAUCGAACAAACUGAUGUGAAAACUUGAAUCUGUUACUGACAGGAGGAGGACACGUGCUAUUGAACUGAGCCAAACACACUGUAAAUAUCCACAGACUCCCACCCUCCCUCACCCCCUCCUAGCUGAUCUCGAGAUUUCUUUCGAAGAAGUAAAUUUGUCCAAUGGGUGUAAACUAUAACCUACUGUAAUUAAGUGCAAUUUCCCCUCCACUCCCUUCCCCUCCCCCACCCUGUAUAUAAUACUAAAGCGUCUAUUAGUUUUCUUUGUAAAGGUCAGAGUUGAAUUUUCGAAGUGACUGUCCUCUUCUUUCUCCCCCCACGGAGACAUAUCCCGAGUCAGAAGUGAAGCCUCUGUCCCUUUCCCUCAGGCCUCUGGACACUUAUAGGGACUGUCCAUUUGGGACUGACUGCCAGUUGACUCUAAUCUCCUGAUGUUAAGACACACCUCUGGAUCCUGGAGGGGCUGAACGUAGUAGUGUCAGACUAACAUCCUAGCUUCCAGUGGGGCUAGGAGUUCAGUCAGGGUGCCACCUAAGAAACCCCCAAGGCAGGAAAACUGGCUGCUUGAUAGCACAAGAAAAAGUUACACUUUCAGAAAGCCUCCCAUUAAAACAAUUUAUUUUAUCACUG